GGAGUGCUCUUGCCGGAGGAAGCUUGUUGCCUGAACUGGCACUCCCCGGGCGCCCUCUGCGCCAUCGCUCGCUGCCUGCCCACGCUGCGCAUGCUGCAGCUGGCUCCACCCAAGACCGCCUGCCUCCCCCCACCCGCCGUACAACCAGCAUAUCCCACCAAGGCUGCCGCAGCCGUCGCCGUCGCGUCUUGUACGACUGCCGCAGCCGCCGCUGGCGGCGGGGGAAUCCACGGCGACACGGCCAUGGUGGAUGCCGCCACCGUCGCAGACGGAGGUGACAGCGGCGGUAGCGGCAAUAGCGGCGGCGGGAACGCAGAGCAUAUCUUUGCCGCCGUCGCCAGCAGCAGCAGCAGCAGUUCCCGCAGCGGCAGUGCGGUGGACCUGCCGAGCUGGCGCCUAACCAGCAGCCCACACUGCGGACGUCUGGUCGACAUGUCCGCACUGCGGCCCGGCAGCAGCGGCAGCGUUUCUGCGGGUCUGACUCCACCUACCGUGUCACCUGCUCCGCCCCAAGAUGACGGCUCCUUAUCACCCGCAGCAGCAGCUGCAAACAACGAGAGCGAAGCGGCGGACGCAGCUGCUCCUGCCGCCGGCUGGCUCAGCUCGCUGCUGCGCCUGCUGUGCCGUCACUCCACCCACCUGACCUCUCUGCGCCUCAGCUGCACCGAACCGGACCGAGACGCCGCCGAAAGUGCCGUACGAGACGCCCUGGUGCUGCUGCCCUCGCGGCUGCCGUACCUGGAGCACCUGUCUGUCGUACUCGACCUUCCGCUGCCGUACAUCCUGGCCCAGCCGCAGCCGGAGCAUUACGCGCGGGAGUGGGCUGCGCGACUGCGGGAGGCCGAGGAGCAGCUCCAGUCCCGCAUGCGUCCCACCUGCGUGUCCCUCUCGCCGCACCCCAACCUGGCCUCGAGCACCCGGGCGGCGAUGAGGGCGCUGGCGCUGCAGGCUGCUGCUGCCGCCGCUGCACAACCCGCCUAGCCUGCAUUGCCUUCAGUCUGCAGCCUACACCCUACACAGCCUGCAUUGCCAGGAGCGCCUUUGCAGCCCUCCUGGACGGCAAGCACCCACCAGUGGACUGCGCUAGUGUAGCAGCAGCGGAGCAGCGUUGAGCAGUGUGUGUUCGGAUGUGCUGUUGAGAACGUGCAUUGGUAGGGCGGCACUGAUGUAGGCAGUGCAGCGCAUGUUGUUGCCGUACGCGGCAGUCGAUGUUGCCGCCGCAUUGUGUGUUGUGAUGGUUGUAGGUUUUGCUUAUGACACACGAGUUGAGAAUGGCACGGCUGACGCAGGGUGUUACAGUUUGCAAGGCUCGUUGCAUUGCACGUUGCGGUUCGUGGGUCCAAAAGACGGGCGCUGCAGUGACCCUGAGAGGAGGCCCUGCAUCUUGGUUUCGAGCGCAUGUGUCAAAAGCGG